CGUCUAUAAAUUACCACUAUUGCAGCAUCAUGAAGCGCGCUCUGGUCAUCCGCAAUGUGUCAAGCCACGACGUGCCACUCGAUAGUCUGGACAAUGCAUGCGUACAGGCCUGUUGCCAUGAAGGAUUUAUCACGGAGCUGGCGGUGAAUGACGAGCAGGACGUCAUGCACCAGCUCAUGCAGACGCACGCGCGUUCCAGCGCCAGCAACGACAGGCGCUUAUCUUACCAGCAGGCGCCUCCCAUGCGCGCACACGCAGCCUCGGCCUACACGCCUUCCGCCCCCUUCGACGUAGUACUGUUCCGGGCGUCGGGGCUCUCAGAGCACCGUCUGUACCCAAUAUUGCGUAUGAUCCGCACCAUCAGUAAGCAGAUCUUUCUGUGUGUCUUCAGUCCGCAGCUCGCAGAGCAUCCAAUGGGCCGCUACCAGUGCUUCCAAGAAGGAGCAUCCAUGGUCACGGACUCUCUAAACGCAGUACGGGACGUAUUGGCCUUCAUCGGACAGGAACACGGCUACAAUUCCCACUCGAGACAGAAAUCCAGAGGCAGAUCUGGCGGCCGCGACGGCUUCACGUGUCCAUUCUGUGGGAAGAAUGGCAUGGACGAAGACCAGCUCUGGAGACACUGUCCAAUGUACCAUAUCAACGAGAAGAACACGGACGGGAUCAACUGUCCCAUUUGUCGAGAGACCCCGAGAGGGCCGUUCCAGGUUCAUAUGCACAAUGCUCACGGACCUCCUGGCCGACGCGAAAUGGUGAGCGAGUUUCACAUGGCCGACACGACGCUCUACUCGUUCGCACUCGUCGUGUGUCAUAAUAGAAAGUACAACAGCUUCUUACUUGUGCAGGAAUUCGCCAACUCUGGCUUCUGGUUACCGGGCGGACGCAUCGAUAGCGGCGAGAACCCGGCACAGGCGGCGAUCCGAGAGACGAAAGAAGAGGCUGGAAUCGAUAUACGUCUUACGGGGGUACUGAAACUCGAGUACCAUCCUAAACAAGACCGUAAUGGCAGUGAGUACGUUCGAAUGCGCUUCAUAUUCUACGCCGAGCCGCUGGACUGCGACCAGCCGCCCAAGUCCAUUCCAGACUAUGAAAGCGCCGGAGCCACGUGGUGUCGAGCUGAUCAAGUCGCGUCAUUGCCGCUCCGUGGAUCGGAACCCGUCACAUAUUUCAACCACGUCGCGUCAGGCAAGCCGAUCUACCCGCUCGAGCUAAUUCACAUGUCGUCUUCAAAUUAGACACUAAAGUUAAGGCUGAUACACGUCGCGGUUAUCCAGUCGAAGGAACUUGACAAUUGCGCCGACAAGAGUGAGCGCGGGAAGUGCACCGUUAUGUUUUCGCUGUUACAGCAGCCAGGUUUUGUCAGCAACGAUCCCGAAUAGAGGAUAAAUACCAAUGGGGUGAGCCCAUACCUGAUAAUUCUCGGU